AUGGAAAACUCUCUUAAACAUUGUACUCUGCAACUGUGCCUAAUCUUGAUCUUGCCUGCUCUAUGCUAUAGCCAAACUUAUGUAUCAAAAGCAGCCUAUUAUAACACAGCUGAUGGCAUGGGCAAUCAAAGUGGAGCUUGUGGAUAUGAAGAAUAUGGAAGAACUGUGAACAAUGGAGAAGUUUGUGCAGUCUCUAGGCGUCUAUUCAAGAAUGGUGCUAGCUGUGGUGGAUGCUACCAGGUAAGGUGCAGAAAUCAGGGAUUAUGUUCCCAAGAGGGAGUAAAAGUGAUGGCUACUGACCAUGGAGAAGGGAAUGGAACAGACUUUAUUCUUAGCUACAGAGGAUUUGCAAAAUUGGCCAAACAAUCAAGCAUGGCUCAGGUUCUUUUUGCAAAAGGGACAGUUGAUGUGGAGUAUAGAAGAGUUUCUUGCAGAUAUGGAUCCAACAUCAGGGUUAAAAUCCAUGAACAUAGCAAAUAUCCUGAUUACCUUUCACUAGUUGUUACGAACCAGGGUGGUGCUAGUGACAUCCUUGCACUGGAAGUCUAUGAGGAGGAAACAAGUUCAUGGAUAUCAAUGAGCAGGGCAUACGGUGCAGUUUGGGAUUUGUCAAAUCCACCAAACGGAGACCUCCAAGUGAGGUUCUUAAUUAGUGCUGCCGCUGAGACCAAAUGGGUGCAAUCAGAGAGGGCUGUAAUUCCGGCUGAAUGGACUGUUGGAGAAACCAUUGAGACUGACAUUCAAGUUUCUUAA